AUGAUCUCCCGAUUUUACCUCGCUCGAGUAGUCCCCAAACGGCUCCUCACUUUCAGGACGGCAACCACCCCAAAUGAAAAUGCCCUUAAAUUCAUCUCACCAGAACAUCCCAUCCUCCCCGUCGCAAACACAACGUACGAAUUCAACUCAACACUACAAGCAAUCCACUCUCCACUCGCGCUUCAAUUGUUCAAAAUCGCCGGAGUCAAAUCAGUAAUGUUAGGUUCGGAUUUCCUCACUGUGAACAAGUUGGACAAUUACGACUGGAACUCCUUGUCUGCUGAAGUCAAAGAUACAUUGAAUGAGUUCUUGGAACACAAGAAGCAGCCCGUGGUAACGCAGGAGCUCAUCGACAAGACCGAGGAGGACAAAUUGGCUCAAGAUGAAGAAGAUCUGGAGUUGGUGUUGAUGAUUAAAGAACUCAUAGAAACUAGAAUCAGACCGGCUAUACAGGACGAUGGUGGAGAUAUCGAAUACAAGGGCUUUGAUGAAGAGACAGGCACGGUAUUUUUGAAAUUGCAAGGUGCGUGCAAAUCGUGUAGUGCCAGUGAAGAUACACUCAAAGGCGGGAUAGAAAGCAUGUUGAUGCACUAUAUUGAAGAAGUGAAGGAAGUGCAGCAGAUUUUGGACCCUGAAGAGGAGAUUGCAAUGAAGGAGUUUGAACGGUUGGAACUGCAGUUGAAGAGUAGAAGCUCUACGCAAAGCGCUGAAAAUUCACCACCAUCACUUUAG